GACAACCACUGCCCCAACGGUUUCAAUCGCAGAAAUCAAGCCAGACGGAUUGGUGCGUUGACGGAGUGAUAAACGACUUACGUCGCGACUGUAACGGAAGAAUUUAAAUUUAUGUUUUGAAUGAAAGUAAAUAAAACCAAGUCUAACUCGAUAAAUAAACUAGAUAGCUCUUUUACUGCAUAAAAACAAAAGGACCUGGUAUCAGAAAAAAUCACAAUACUCGUUUUAAAUCUCAGCCUUGGCCGUGCAACAAUAUUCCGGAGAUAAAUAACAAUCGCCUGGUCGGUCCGUUGGUAAUUGCAACAGCCACAAAUCAGGCAGUAAAAUCGGAUUUGCAAUCUUGGGAAAGAAGAAGCGGACGCCACAGCUUCCUCAGAUUGUUUUGUUGUGUCUUCGUCGUGUUUCGUGUGUGUUGUUGUUGUGUGUGUGUGUGUGUGUGGUUUUGUGCGGCAACAAAGUCAAAGUCGUCGAAGCUGCUGCGAAACGUGAAAUGCAAAUUGAGGCAAUAGCAAAGUAAAACAAAAACAAAACAGAGACAAUAACCAGCAACGCAUUGCAACAAAAAUACAGACAAGACAACAAAACGGUUUCGCGUGUGUUGAAAAAUUGCAUUGCAAAUUAACAGGCAACAACAAAAAUAAUAAUAAUAAUAACAAAAACAACAACGCAACGCGCAACAAAAAAUUGCGCGCCAAAAGCGAAAGAAACAAAAGGAUUACACAAAUAAACAAACCCAAAGCAGAAGCAGCUGAGCGAGAGAGACGGCGAAAAAUCAAAACACAUCUCGGCGAGAGGCAGAAAUUCCAGUUUAACGGCCCACCACCACCACCACCCCAUCCCUCACCCAUCACCUCCCCCUCUCAGAAGGACUUGGAGCAUUUGUGAUACGGCAUUCAGGCACAGUCUGACAGAGGCUGAGAACGCGGCCGGAACGAUGAUGUCCAUGACCAGCUCCCCGCCGGCCACGCCCACCGGCGUGCAAACGGACUCCGAUGGCCUGAUACUCCCUAAGAAGCUAAUUAAUCCCUGCAUGGAGAGCACCGAUCGCAAGGAACUGCAUCGAGAGCUCAAGUUUAAUGCCAGAAUUGGUAAAAGCGUGCUAAACCAGAAAUCGGAGCUGCAACGUGCCUACGACAAGCAAAAGGAGCGCCAUGCGGCCGCCGAACAUCAUUCGCCGGAUGCGGAAACUGUCGGAGGUAUUCCGGGACUUAAAGGUGAACUCGGCAGGGUGAUCAUGGAGCGGGCACAGAAGCACGAGGCGGCGGCCCAGAAACAGGAUCAGGAGGAGGCCGAGGAGCGUCAGUACGUCAAUCCCGAGUAUCUGAAUGUCCGGGCUAAGCUUCGAACGGCGCACGCUGCCAACAAUUAGAGAAGGAGUCUUUCCAAUCCUCAUUUUGUUUAAUGUUUAAUGUUUAAUUUAAAUAACAAUCGUAACCAAAUUGUGUGAGGAAGUAAUUAUGUUUAAUACGUUGACUUUAUAGCAGUUUUCAUUUUGAUAUUAUGCAAAACUAGUUGUUUGUAAUUAACUUUUACGCCUAGACCUAAGUCAUUUAAUCGUUUAAUUUGUUAGUUUUUAAUAUUCUUCGCUAUGUUUUCCCUUUGUGUGUAUAAACCAUGUGUAUAAAAUUAUUUUUUCUAUUCUCCAUUUCUUCCAAAAACAAAAACACAACAAAUGCAAAUGCAACAAAAAUUAAUGAAAUGAGAAAAAUUUGAAACACUUUUGGGUGUCAAUAAUGUAUUUAGUGUAGUUAUGUGUACUAUAUCUAUAUCAAUUAAUUUAGUGGAGAACGAUAAUGCUGUAAACAGGGGUAUAAGAUAGAAAGUAAGACAGAGAUACAGACCGAGAACAUGGGAGAAUGAUAUUGGAUCUAUAUAGAAACAAACUAUUUUAUGUCAAGCUAAGAAAUUUAAACAGAUUACAGAACUAUAUACAACAUAUAUCUAUAUACAAAUUUUAGUUUCUGGAAUUAAUAAAACCUUUUAAUGUAGGAACAAGUUAUCAAUGCCAA